AUGAAGUUCACCGCUGCCGCCGUCCUCGCCGCUGCCGCUGGCGCCACUGCCCACUAUGCCAGCAACGUCACCUACGUGACCGAGGUCGUCAACUCCUACGUCACCUACUGCCCUUCUCCCACCAUCCUCGUCCACGGCAGCAAGACCUACCACGUCAGCACCGUACGUCUUGUCUAUCCCCCUCCUUCCCGGCCGGCGCCCGAGUCGAGGCGGCCUGCCGUCAUCUCUCGGCCCUGGCCCUCCUUACCGCGUGAGCCAAAGCUGACGGAAAAACUACAGCCCGGCACCGUCACCAUCACUGACUGCCCUUGCACCAUCUCGAAGCCGGUCAUCCCCACGACGGCUGUUGUCUGCCACAACUGCGCUCCCGGCUACAAGAACGUCACCGUCCCGGCCAAGCCCACCGUCGUCCCCACCCCGGUCGGCACCGGCAGCCCCAUCCCUCCCAAGGAGCCGGCCCCUAUCGCCACCGCCGGUGCCGCCAAGGCCGUCGCCCUUACCGGCGCUGGCCUGGCCGGUAUCGUCGGUCUCGCCGCUUUCAUCCUGUAA